GAAAGCAGGGAAUUGAAAGAGCUUCCGGAAUUGUAACUGUUUCAACUUCCUACAAAGCACCACUUCCUACUUUCUUUCUUUGCAACUGAAAGCAGUUAUUGAGAUUCGGAGAAGAGAAGAAGGUUUUGGAAAGCUUUCAGAAAGCUACAGAGCUGAAGCAUCGGUUCUCUUUUUUGGUUUUUUUUUUCUCUUUCAAUCUUUCCACGUCCCGCUGGAUCUUUUAGGCAUUCCUUGCGAUUUCAGAUUGUUAACUCCUUUGACAAGCUGUUCAGCAAAGACGACUAAAAAUGGAUAGCAAAAGCAAAAGGCAAGAAUCAGAGGCGUUACCAACCGGUGUUUUUGAGUUGCCAGGGGAACCUGCCAUUGUUAUCAAUGGGUUGCCAGAAAUCUCUCCAGGUGACAGUUCUCAUGUUCUGUCAAGCACUGUGAGUGAUGCAGAAUUGCAAAGAGACACAAGUCAAGGCACAGAAUUUCUUGGAAAUACUGUUUUUGGUGAAUGGUUGGAAGGAAGGGAAGUUAAAAAGUUGUUUGGAGACCACUAUUAUACUGGUACUGUGGUUCAGUUUGACAAGGAAAAUGGUUGGUACAGAGUGGUGUAUGAGGAUGGUGAUUUCGAAGAUCUUGACCUGAAUGAGUUGGAAGAUGUCCUUUUGCCUCUGGAUAUUACAGUCCCACUAAAAUCAUUGGCACUGAAAAUCAUAAAGAAGAGCCCCAAAACCAUUAUUACACCUGGGAAAUGUAUGACCGGAUGCAAAAUAAGCAAGGCUAAAAGCACAGCAAGUAAAGGAAAUGAAGAUAGAGGUCCAUAAAGAAAUUUCAAUGCCUUAGAUUUAAUAACAGACGGUGAACAUGAAUCUCCGACUACAUCAAGGGUGUUGAAUUUGUAAAACUAAUUAGGAAGAUGAAAAUCGAGUAGGGUGCUGCGCUUCUCAUUAAUCAAGUUUUCUUAUGUUUUUACAUUUGUUGUACAUGCCAUGUAAUGUCAACUAACUUGUACGUAACUGCAGAACUGUCGUAGGAGAAAGAACCCUUUGGCUUC